AUGACCUAUUCCAAAAUUGCCUUCACCUACAAUUGUUCUGGCUGUGGUAGUUUUGGUCAAUUCGCUUACUAUGGUUCUCAAUAUUAUAUUUACACCACUGCAUCAGGUUCUACCAAUAAUUUACUACGAAUAGACCUUACAGGAAUGCCACCACAACCAAUUACAACUCUGAGUGUUGGUAUUCAACCAAAGUUUGCAUCGACGGACAGUAAUUCCAUCUUCUUUGAGAAUGCAGGCACUAUAUACCAAUAUGACAUUUAUGGUAAUUCCACUUCUAUGUAUGCCACUAGUAUUGGUGGAACAAUUUAUGCCUUAGGCACUUCUACAAAAUCCAUCAAAAAGUUCAACAAUGGUAAUUCCACACUCUCAACACUGGUAUCAAAUGUAACUCCGAGAUAUCUUUCAUUUGCUAAUGGAUAUAUUUACUAUACAGACACUACAGGAGGUAUUAAGAGAUUGAGUCAAGAUGGAACUGUAGUAGAUCUUGGAAUUCCUCUUGCAUCUACUGCUGGUGGAAUUUAUGUCAACUUCACGACAGGUGUCAUUUAUUAUGGUGAUGGUUACACCAUUUACAAAGCUUCUCCCACAUGCGAUCCUAACUCUGAAUAUAACAAUUCACCCUAUUGCGAUUGCUUACCUGGAUUUUCCAGACCUUCUAAUUCUCUCUCCUGUUUACCUACUUGUUAUGGAAUAGUUCAAGGAGAUGCUGGAGUUUGUAAUGGUCAUGGUAGUUGUGAUGCUGUUGACACUUGUCGUUGUAAUUCGAAUUGGGGAGGAUUCAACUGUUCCAUGCCCAAAUGUUUUGGAAUUUUGCAGAACUCUACUGGAGUUUGUAAUGAUCACGGCUCUUGUGAUGCAGUUGACACUUGUGUCUGCAAUUCCAAUUGGGGAGGUUCUAGUUGUUCACUUCCAAAAUGUUUUGGAAUUUUACAAAAUUCCACUUCUGUCUGUAAUGGUCACGGCUCUUGUGAUGCAGUUGACACUUGUGUCUGCAAUUCCAAUUGGGGAGGAUUCAACUGUUCCAUGCCCAAGUGUUUUGGAUUGUUGCAAAAUUCGAGCAGUGUUUGUAAUGGUCAUGGAAGUUGCAAUACAGUAGAUACUUGUGUCUGCAAUUCAAAUUGGGGAGGUUCUAUUUGUUCACUUCCAAAAUGUUUUGGAAUUUUACAAAACGAAACCUACACUGUAUGUAAUGGUCACGGAUCAUGCAACAAUGUGGACACGUGUGUUUGUAAUUCGAAUUGGGGAGGCUCAGAUUGUUCCAUGCCCAAAUGUUUUGGAAUAUUAGCAAAUUCCACCAUCUCUGUCUGUAGUGGACGUGGUUUAUGUAUUGCUCCAGAUACUUGUAAUUGCAAUGUUGGAUAUUUUGGAACUCAAUGUCAAAAUUUAGUGAAUAAUUCAAUCAUUUCAAAUAAUGCGUCGUGUUGGGGUUCACUUGAAAUGGGAGCUCCAAAACCUCAAAUAGUGUCACAAAUUGUGAAUGGAGAUGGAAUUCAAUUUUCAUUGAAUUUUUCUGUGGAUCCAAAUGUGGAAUUUUCUCAUUUCAUGAGAAUUGGGGAGAAUUCAUCGUUCAAUGCCGACAGUUGUGUGUUGAGUGGAGGUGAAGGAGUGAAUUUGACCUUAGUGACAAGUGGCAGCCCUUGUUUUAAAGUCUACUCUUCUCAAGUAUUCAGUUUGGACUAUUUAAUGUCAAACCCAAAUGUGAAGAAGGAAUCCAUUGGAGAUUUGGUGAAAUUAACCAUUCCUAUUGCUCUCUAUUACUUUGAUGUUUUAGGUAUUAAUAAUGGUGGUUUUUGCAGAGCUUAUGAAUUCACGACGUCACAAGUCAUUUAUGUGCAACUGACAUCCACAGUGAUCUCUUCAUUCAAUGAAAAUUCUUCGUUAGACCCUUACACUGUGAAUUUGUAUCCUCAAGGAUUUUCCACAGAUCCCUCCACAGGACUUCUCCAAGUUCAAAUGAUUCUUCGAGUGUCAAAUGUCACUCUCACUUCCUUCAACUUUUACAAUACGACAAAUCCAAAUUACAUCUUCCAAGUGAGUGCAACAUCCUUCUUGUAUCAAAAUGGGCUCUACGCGUUCUAUCAAAUUCGAAUGCACUCCAACGUGAAAGUCAAUGAUUAUCGAGCUUUAACCUUUUUCACCGCCACGUUGAAACGAAAUGGAAUUAUAGACGAUGUCAUUCAAUACAUUCCUCUCAAAAUUGAUUACACCAUUGUAGAGGCUCCUUCCGACAAGAACUUUACUCUUCAACCUUACAUGUAUUUGGCAGGGAGCGAUUGGUCUCCCAAAACAAUUUUCAAAACAGGUGAAAAGGUGUUUGCUCAAGUUCAAAGUUCCUCCACACUUGGAAAAAAUCAUUUGUUGGUCAAUGACGCUUAUUUGUGUUGUUUCAAGACAUUCACUCCAACUCUCUCGUAUAAUCCCUCACAAGGUGAAUAUGGAUGUUCUCAAUUCAAUUCUGGAACCAUGGAUGUUUGGAAACCAAUUAUUAGUUCAAAAAUAGGAAAUUCAGAAUUAGAAACUCAAUUGUUUCCUUAUCCUGGAGCUAAAACUUUGUAUGGAUUUUCAUUUACUCUCAUUUCUUCCAUGUUCCCUCAAAAGCAUUCAAAUUCAAGUGCUAGUACUUCGUGUUUUGUUCAAUCUAAUGUGGGAGUCACGCCAUUGACAAGAUCUGUCGCUGCGACGAGUGGUGACAUGUCAACUGCCAGUACAAUGUUUGUGGUGCAAGUAGUGACAAGUGCGAAAGAAAGUUCGAGUCGAGUUUCUGGAGGUUCAUCGUUGUCAGUGGGUUCAGUGUUGAUGGCUGUGGUGGUGAUGACCAUGUCAGCAUUCGUGCAAGCUCUCUUCUGGUGA